AUGUCUCCCCUCCCCGCCCCCCGCUCUACCAUCAAGAUCGCCCAUGUCUCUGCAUGGUCCGUCAAGCGGAGCCCCCUCGCCUUCCCCUCCACGUCUCCCAGCCCAGACGACAUCGCGACCACGGCAAGAAAGGCCGCUGCCACGCCAGCGCUUCUGCUGGGGAGCGUCAUGGCCGCCAGGAGCAAGGCGGCAGGCUCCGGGGCGAUCGAGCAAGGCAGCAAGAUCACGCUCGCAUGA